AUGGAGAGCAAGCGGAAUAACCGUCUCCACCCCACGCCGCCGCGGAUGACGAAGCCGAGGACGAGGUCGGUGGCCAGGAUGGAGGCCGCGGCGGCGGCUGCGGCGGAGGAGGAGGCGGGGAAUCCCGACGGCGUGGAGGGCGCGGCCGUCGCCGCCGUUGCGCCCGAAGCCGCCGCCGAAGGUCCGAGUGAGCCGAACGCAGGUGAAGCUUCGAGGGAGCCGGACGCGGGUCAAGCUUCGAGGGAGCCGGGCGCCGCUGGACCUUCGAGGGAGCCGGACGUUGCUGGACCAUCGAGGGAGCCGGACGCCGCUGGACCUUCAAGGGAGCCGGGCGCCGCUGGAGGUUCGAGGGAGCCGGGUGCGGCCGGAGGUUCGAGGCAGCCGGUCCCCGACGCGGCGCAGUUGGCGGUGGUGCCGUACGUUGAGGACAUCGACCGGUACCUCCGGUCUCUCGAGGUGAGGGUUUCCCGAUCACGCGUGGAUUCUGGAAUUGCUGAGCAAACAAGGAGGCCGAUGAUUAACUAUGUUCAGGAGAUACAAGGAGGCAUCAUCAAUAUGGAUGUGAGGGGGAUCCUAGUGGACUGGAUGGCAGAUGUGGCUUAUGUGUUCAAUCUUCAGGAAGAGACACUUCACCAUGCGGUUUCAUAUGUUGACCGCUUCCUUUCAAAAAUUGCCUUUCCUGGGGACAAGCUGAAACUGCUUGGUACCACUGCACUGUUUGUUGCUUCGAAGUAUGAAGAAAUUCACCCUCCUCAUGUAAGGAACUUCAGUGCCGUUACUGUUAACACUUACACCACGCAGCAGGUGUCUAAGAUGGAGUUGGACAUACUGAGAUUUCUGAACUUUGAUGUGGGGAGUCCCACUGUAAUAACUUUUCUACGGAAAUUCUUAACUUCUUGUUGUGGAGGUAAUAAUUCAAGUAACAGAAAACUGGAGCUGAUGUGUAACUAUCUUGCGGAAUUGAGCUUGUUAGACGAUUACUACAUAAGGUUUCUUCCAUCGAUUGUUGCUGCUGCCUGCCUGUUUGUUGGCAAGUUCACACUCAACCCGAACACUCGUCCUUGGAACUUGUCGGUUCAACGCAACACAGGCUACAAGGUCUCUGAUAUCGAAGAUUGUAUUCAUGCCAUACAUGAUUUGCAAGCGGGCAGAAAGUGGUCGAACCUCAAAGCCGUCAGAAUCAAGUAUAAGGACGACGAGUUUGGGUCCGUGUCGACAAUUACUCCACCAGAAAACAUCAAGGUGUGUUUUCUCAAGGAUCUCAAGUACGCGAACAGCUGAAGUGCCCUUGCAGCAUCUUUGCAAAUCUGCAGGGCGGUGUGGAAAAAUACAUGGUUAGUAGAAUAUACAUGUGCGUCUUUGAUCUUCCGAUGCUCUUUUUGGUAAAUCGGCAGCAUCUCCGCUUCAGUCGCAUUGACGAUAUCUGAAAUAGUAUUUUCCUAUCAUGUGCACAUAAAUCGUUUCUGUACAGAGGUUUGGACUUUGGACAAAAGAUUCAUAGUAAAAAAAUAUAUACUACACCGUACCAUAUGUCAAGCUUGGUAUAACA